AUGGCAACAAAGCAGCAAGAAAAGAGUCAAAAGAGCUGUACCAGAUUAAUUCCAGAACCAGCUACAAGCGAUAUAGGUCUUUAUUUGGAUCCAGGAACAGACACAGACGAUUACGAAGACUACGAGAUGCCACCACAGGCCCAGGUUCCUCAGCCAACGGUACCAGGAAGAAGUAGUUACGAAGGUCAGACCAAUCAUUCAAGAAACACACCCCUCGAACCUGAUUUUCUCGCAGAGGUUCACAGACCGCCGCGGGUCUUCCAAAAAGCCAUUGAAUUUUGGGAAAGCCUUUCUCCGGGUAGAUCCCGACCACCAGUUCCGAUCCCCGAGCAGCGUCCAAAGCGAAAACACAGAUCUGAAGACCCACGACAACUCGAAAGAGAUCGUUUGAAUAGAGAGGCCAGUAAUUCAAACUCAACAAAUAUAGCAGUGGCACCACGGACAGGAUCUAGCCACAAAUCAGAACAAGCUACACAGACGAGAGGGGGGCAGUGGCAGGCGUACGGAAAAAGCCUUCAGGAUCAACUUGCCCAAGCGCAAAGAGAAAAUCAGAAUUUGGAGGAUUACGCCGAGAAGUUGAAGACUGAAGCUGUCAACAAUAGGCAUACCUUUGAAAAGGAGAUCCGCAAGAUCGAAUCAGAGAAGCAGCGAGUCGACGCCGAGAGGAAGCAGAUCGAAAACGAAAAAACCAAGAUCGAAGCAGAAUACCAAUCCUUCAUCCUCCAAAAACUCAAAGAAUCAUCUGAGAAAGAAGACUCAGCACAAUGGCAACGUGACGGCAAUCAAGACAUCGCGGAUCUCGAAAAGCUGAAGAAAGACAUGCGAACGCUAGCACGGAACAUGGCUAUAAAAGACCCAAUCUCUCUCCGAAACCUCUCCGAAGAAGAUCACACAGCUCUUAUGGGCUCUUUAUCCGAAGUCUGCGUCCUCAGAAAUAGAACGAUUCCAGAGGAACUGAUGACGCCAAAAUCUCCCGCUCUUCUCCUCAAUGCGCUGCUGGCGCAUGAUAUCUUCACGAAUCUGUUUCGGAAGCCGUUUUUCUUUGUCGAGACGGGACUACAAGAAGAUAUUCCGGAGUAUAGAAUGGACACAAUAUUGAAUGAUAUAUAUAAACGCAUGCUUCAAGGUAAGGCGGUGGAUUUAGUCCCUCAGGAGGUCGUCGCUAAGCGAACUCUAGCGAACCGAGAAACGCCCCACUUGUGGAGAGCCCAGAUGUUGAGAAUUUUAAAAGACGACAGCAAAACAAACCCACAGGACAAAAGUGCCAAAGCUAACUCAGAAGAGAACAGAUCAAUAGUACCCCUGGACUCACUAAUAUCCCGCGUCUCCUCCCUAAAAUCUGACGCCUUCCUCGCUUCACCAGCCCGCCAUCUCCUCACCCCCUCGCCUAAGAUCGCAGCGCUGUACAACCGCGCAGCGCACAUCGCGUAUACACUGUGGAUGCGAAAGUCUCAUGUGGUGUUGUAUACCCUGAAGGAGUUGGAGAGCCCGAAGUUUGAUGGAAAUAGUAGAGUGUUGGUUCCGCAUUCUUCGGUAAGGUGGGAGGAGGUUGAGGGUGGGUUGCUGGGGAGGGAAGUAGGGUUGAUUGUUCAUCCGCUUGUCAGGGUUUUUGGGGUUGGUGAGGGAGGGGAGCGCGAGGGGGCUGUAUGGGCACCGGGUGAAGUGUGGGUUGAUAGUCCGAAGGUGGAGAUGAAGGAAUAA